AUGGAGUGCCUCUUUUCCUGCUUCCGAUUCCAACUUCGCUCACCACUGCUUCGUCUGGUCCAGAGGCAUAGCUGCUUCCACCUAGUUGUCCCAACCUUAAUCCAUCGCUUCCUCCGCUCAGUCGUCACAGCCUUUCCCUCACCCAAUGCGCUGCGUGGCACAAUCACGCUGUUUUGA